AUGAACUCCAAGCUGACCUUCUUGGGAGUGAGUACCUGUGGUGACCUGCAGCAGUUGUCCAUGUCUCAAUUGCAAAAGGAGUUUGGGCCACGGACAGGACAGACGCUCUUUCGUUUUUGCAGGGGACUGGAUGACAGGCCUGUGCGCAGUGAGAAGGAGAGAAAGUCUGUGUCUGCAGAGAUGAACUACAACAUUCGGUUCACACAGGUUGAAGAAGCGGAGUCUUUCCUCACUAACCUGUCUAUGGAGGUGCAGAAGAGGUUGGAGGGGGCGGGCCUUAGAGGUCGCCGAGUUACACUUAAGGUCAUGGUACGAAAAGCAGGGGCUCCGAUAGAGCCAGCCAAAUAUGGUGGUCAUGGGAUAUGCGACAACUUUGCCAGGUCUGUUUUACUAGCUCAGUCCACAGACAAUGGUCAGCUGAUUGCGGCAGAGGCUAUUAAGCUAUUCCAUGCCAUGAAGUUGCAUGUGAAGGACAUGAGGGGAGUGGGGCUGCAGAUGCAGCAGUUGGAGGGACCUCAUGCAGACACAUCAGGACAAGGGCCCUCUCGUGGUCGCUCGAUCAAAGACUUGCUGCAGGCCAGACAGCCUGUCCACAGCCCCAGGAAAGAGCCUCGAGCACACGAUGGUUUAACCAGCCCUUCCUCGUCCAGAGCUUUCUCCUCCAAUCUGGAGAGAGUUACUCCUCCAUCAUCUCCACCCUCCACCAGCUCAGAUCCAAUGCCUGGAACGAGUAAAGGAGAAUUUCACCAUCCACGCACCCCCAACCAUGUUAGGGCAUGCCUAAACGUCAGCAUUGAGGUGCCAUCUCCCUCUCAGGUGGACCCAUCUGUUUUAGAAGCUUUACCUGUAGACAUAAGGAAACAGGUGGAGCAGUCCUGGAGACACCGAGAGGAGCAGCCAAGCACCUCAUCUCAUCUCUCAACCCCACCUCAAACCUCCUCACCACCUCCAGCCCCAUCACUUGGCACCCUUGUACUGCAGCUCCAAAACCAGCCAGGUCAACCAUGUACAACAGGCAUUAUAUUAGAGCUCCCUGACUUCUCUCAGGUUGACCCAGAUGUGUUUGCAGCACUUCCCAGAGAGCUUCAGGAAGAACUGUGCUCUGCUUAUCGAAACAAGGGAAACGCUCAAGCUCAAGGCACCACUGUGGAACAAAAAAAAACAUUUCCUCAACUAAAGCAGCCUGCAGUGGGGAAAUUAAAGCGCAGCUACAAAAAGAGAAAUGCUAGUCCUGCCAAAAAGGGUCCAAGUCCACUAAAAAAACUAUUUCCUGGAAACAGCUCUGCCAAAUCUAGCCCCUCCAAAAUUGUUCCUCUGCCACUCAAACAACAAGGCCUCAAAACUGAAAAUCUACAGUGCCCGUCCUCUCCGAGCAUAGAUGUCCCAGAGACGCUGUCCAAACUAAAUCCCCGUCCAGUCCCGACCCUUGCUGGAGCUUAUGAAUUCGGUGACAUCAGAACUCUGCUUCGUGAAUGGGUCACUACCAUCUCAGAACCAAUGGAAGAGGACAUUCUGCAGGUGGUGAAGUACUGCACAGAACUCGUGGAUGAUAAAGACCUGGAGAAACUCGACCUUGUCAUCAAAUACAUGAAGAGACUCAUGCAGCAGUCCUCAGAGUCAGUAUGGAGCAUGGCCUUUGACUUCAUCCUUGACAAUGUGCAGGUGGUGGUACAGCAAACCUAUGGUAGCACUCUGAAGAUCACAUAGGAGGACCGUCCUAACCUCAGUCACUGUGACGUCAGCCCAGUCCUGCCACCUCAUCAUGAUGUGUGAGAGAUGCAACAAAACCGCUAGAGUCUGACAAUCGUAGCAUUGCUUUCCUUUUUGUGAAAUCACCCAAUAGAGCUUCUCUGAGCACACAGAGGACAUCCGAGGAUCACAAGAUCCAGCCAAUAAUGAUGAGGAACAGAUGAGCAUACCAGCAUUAUUCACAAGCAGUGGAACACUGAAUAUUUCUUUCAUCAUGAUGUCAAUUCUCUAGACUGAUGUCUCUAGAGGAACUUUGGUAACACUUUUCAGUCAGGUUGUAUUCGUUAACAUUAGUCAAUGCAUUAAGUGUAAUGAGCUAACAAGGAAUAAUUUUGACUGCAUUUAUUAAUCUUGGUUAAUGUUAAUUCACAACUAUAUUAUUUUUCUAUUUUUUAUGAAUUAACUAAUAUUAACAUACAUUUGUAACAUUUAUAUAUAUGUAAUUGUAGAAAUGAACAUUUUACAGGACAUAUUAAUCUUGAUUAAAGCGUCAUUGCUUUUUAGUUGGUUAACUAUUAAUGUGUACAACCUGAGUGUAAAAUGUCACCAGAACUUUUUUGAAUGUUUUGAAUGCACUGACUGUCCUAAACUAAGCAAAGCAAGCCACUUUGUUUUAUAUUUGGAUCUGUUUUUCUUUCUUGUCUUAAUUGUCAGCAUUUUGUCCUCUAGUACCUCAGAACCUGUGUUUAUUUUGAAUGUCUGACUCUGGCCUCAGAAAUAUAUAACAGAUUUUUUUGCAAAGCAGAAAAUGGUGUGGCAUGUCAUUUGCCUUUUAUGGAUCAGACUGAGAUGUGGAAAUAUGGAAAACAGAAUCAAAGUCUUUUGGCAGUUUAGCAUGUGGAUAAUAACAUUUUAUGUAAAGCUAACAUUUGUUUUCCUAGAUUUAAUAUAUAUAUAUAUAUAUAUAUAUAUAUAUAUAUAUAUAUAUAAAUUACGGUACUCCUGCUCAUUGAUUGUUCAUCAUGAUGCAUGUUUGUCCGUAUGUCUGAAAGAGCUAAAAGAGAGAGGAAUAUUUAUGAAGAAAAAGAUUAAGAAAAAAAUUGACCAGGUUAAUUUUACUAAAUUGAGUUUCAACUGUACUGUCAAGCUUCUUAGUCCUGUUUUCUAUAUAUGGAUAUGGUGCUGGAGGAAAGGAGGGGUUUUUCAAUUAGAUGGAUGUGAACUGAAUAAUAGGUCAAAUAUGGAUACUUCAGUCUACAUUCCUAAUGAAGCAUCCUCUCAAUCCCUUUUCACUGUAGUUUUGAAUUUAUGUAUGAACAGAAUGUACUUGACCUCAAAUGUAAAUGUAUACUUUUUUGGUUUUAACAAGCUGCUCAUGAGACGUACAUCUGUUAUUAUCUCACAUUAUCAUGGCAUUACAGAGAUGAGGGCCUGAAAAACCAUAUUUGGUCAAAAAUCUGUAAUGACAGAAUGACCUGUGCCUGAAGACCAGAAGCUGUGACAUCAUUUGUAUGUUUUCUAAAUUUGCAAAUAAAUUUGGUAAAUGAUA